AUAAAGUCUGUCGCUCAUUCAUUCCACCACACCGUGUCUCUGCGCUAAACCCCAAUACAUCAACGUCACCGACUCGUGGCCACCCGCUUGUGACUUGACCUUCGCAACUUAUCGCAAGAGCCAGCCUAUGUGCUUGUGCUCUUCCAGAGUCCUUCGUAUUUCAUCUCCCAGACUCUCUCCUCAUUUGCGUUUUUCUACGUCCUUUUCUCCUUCGUGGAAUCGUGGCUAUCCUCGUCAUCCCCCCAGAUUGCGACAGUGGACACCGGCCAUGGUCGAAAAGUCGAGCACCACUUCCCCCAUAGACGGUCGAUCCAGCCACUCCAGCCACUCCAGCCAGAGGCUUGUGCCAGGCAAGGCCAGCACCGCUACUAUCGCCGGACUUGCUCUCUCAGCACUCAUCUAUCUGGGCCCCCUUUCGUCGGGCGGUGUGCAUGUGCAUCGCCAUCGGCCUACACUCAUCCGCCACGGCCCUCUUAGCCGUAGCCCAACCGGUUCUGACUGGAAUUGGACAAAUAUCAAACCGAGUCGGACACUAGAAUGGCAUCCCUGCUUCGAUGAUGGACGAUACGAUUGCGCCCGUCUAGAUCUCCCCAUAGAUUGGCAGGACCCGGGUGACCAACGCCGCGUUGUGCUGGCAAUUGCUCGCAUUCGAGCCACGGACACGAAGGACUACCAGGGCCCUGUCAUUUUCAACCCCGGGGGGCCCGGUGGCUCUGGAGUAUGGUCACUACGGCAUCAUGGCAAGUAUCUGCAAGAGGUUGUGGGUAAAAAUCAUGUCAGUGCCCCCUCAGUUCCUGACCCUGCACUGCUUGUUGUCUCAAGUGAGACCCUGUCCAGGCUGUCCAGCUAUGCAAAUUUACCUUUUACCUCUUGCUCAACCCAACAGGACAUCAUCAGCUUUGACCCUCGAGGUGUCGGCGCAUCCAUCCCAAGAAUACAAUGCUGGGAGUCCCCUGACGAGGCAAAAGCCUGGGCUCUCCAAGACCCGGGAAUCGUUGACUCUCAUUCCGGCAUCAUCUCCGACAUGUUCGCCCGCGGCAUCGCCUACGGCCAGACCUGCGAGCGCGCCAUGGCCUCCUCCAGCAUUCUCGAACACUCAGGCACCGCCUCAACCGCCCGCGACCUGCUCGAGAUUGUCAACCAGGGAUCCCACCCCCACCUCAAGUACUGGGGCUUCAGCUACGGUACCGUCAUCGGCGGCGUCUUUGCCGCCAUGUAUCCCGACCGCGUCGAGCGUCUCGUAAGCGACGGCAACGUCGACUACCAAGAGUGGUUCCUCUUCACCCACCGCAACUUCCUCCACGACACCGACAAGGUCAUGGACUCCUUUUACGCCCUCUGCUCCGCCGCGGGACCUGACCGGUGCGCCUUCCAUGCCGCGACCUCUGAUGCUGUCCAGUCCCGUCUCACAGCGCUCUACGAGGCCCUGAAACUGCGCCCUGUCAUCAUCGUACCAUCGGAUAGUGACCGCCGCGGCCCAGUGCUUCCCGCGAUCGUGACCUAUUCGAAAGUCAGGCGACUCGUCGUGACCUCGCUCUACCAGCCUCUUCUCCAGUUUGAGAAGGUGGCGGCGAUUCUUGCUGCUCUCGAGGCCGGCGAUGGACGGCCAUUCUACGAGCAUGACCACCAUCCCAACCGCCCGGAAACGCCGCAACUUACAUGCCCGUCACACGCUGCAUCGCCCUUCGAACCGCUGCCAGACAUCCUAGAGGGUACGCACGACGCCUUCCCCGGGAUCAUGUGUGCUGACCAACCCCCGCGCGGUAACGUGACGCUCGAAGACGUGAUGCUGGAGGUGGAGAGGUUUGGCGAGAUGAGUUCUGCUUCCGGCGCCGUCGACGCCAUGUACGCCGUUGCCUGUCUCGGUCGCAGCAUCCGCCCCAAGUGGCGUUUCAACGGCCCAUUCCAGGGGCAAACACGCCACCCCAUUCUCUAUGUGGCUAACACGGCGGAUAAUAUCACCCCCUUGAUCAGCGCUCGAAACAACUCGGCCGGGUUCCCCAGAUCUACAGUUUUGGUGCAGAACUCCUACGGGCAUACCUCCCUUUCGGCGCCGUCAGAUUGUACAAACGGGUAUAUCAGGGCCUAUUUCCAAAACGGCACGCUGCCCAGCCCAGAUACUGAAUGUGAAGGGCCGCUGCCUUUUGGGUUAGCGGGGGAUGCGAAUCUCGAGACAUACCACUUUCCUGUGCAUAUGCCGCGGUUCUAGGUCCAGACUCCAGUCGCAGUAGCAGCACGCACUACCGCAGCGCUCCCACCAAAUGAACCGGAC